AUGCGAGACCCGGUUAAGUCCCUGGGUGUCAGAUCCUCCGCUCUCCAGAACUUCUGCACUCUCAGAUCUCGUCCCACGGGUGGCAAAAAUGUGAGCGACCUGGAAGCCAGAGAGUGGGACUCCUGGGAGUGUCCCUACCACCGGGGCGACCUUGGGAGAGCAGAUGUCAUCUCUAGGAGGUGUGGAGCUUGCGUCUACCUGCCAGUUCAACGCAUUCGUCUUUCUCCCUCUUUUCCUGCCGGCCUUUCCCAGGUAGACCUAAGCUGGCUUCUUUCUGGUGAGCAGAAGCCUGAUGUGGAGACGGUAUUCCUGCUGCUGUGCUGUGUGUUCAUAGUGCUUCCACUUCAGAUUAGAGAUGAAUGUCGGGACAUUAGUGUGCAAAAUGAGACACCUUCAGUAAACCAGCCUUUUGCUUUUAAUUGCACAUACCCUCCAUUAACCUCUGGGAAAGCACAUGUAACUUGGUAUAAAUAUCCUAGCAAAAUUCCGAUAUCCAAAAACAUGCAGACUAGAGUUUACCAGGAUCAAAACUGGAUUUUGUUUCUCCCCUUGGCAUGGGGGGAUUCUGGAAUCUACCAAUGUGUUAUAAAUAAUACAAAUAUGUGUCACCGAAUACAUGUAAACUUAACUGUGUUUGAUGAAAAUCAGUGUGCUACUUCCAGAAACAGUCAAAUGAAUUUAUCAGAUGAGUACAAACAAAUAUUACAUGUUGGAAAAAAUGGCAGUCUUACUUGUCAUCUGAACUUCCCAAAGAGUUGUGAUUUGGAUUCAGUAAAGUGGUAUAAGGACUGUAAGGAGAUUAAAGGAGAGCGCUUUGCUUAUUGGGAAAGAAAAAGAAAGCUGUCAGUGAGCAAUGUCUCGGCAGAGGACAGAGGGAACUAUUCCUGUAAAGCCAGACUGACUCAUGCAGGAAAACAAUACAUGGUUUUACAUAGAAUUACUGUGAAUGUCACAGAAAAUGUUGGACAUGGAGGAAUAAUCCCUAAAAUAACUUAUCCAACAAACAAUACAAUCGAAGCACAACUUGGCUCCACCCUUAUUGUAAACUGCAACAUAACAGACACAAGAGAUAAUACAAAUCUACGAUGCUGGAAAGUCAGUAGCACAUUGGUGGAUAUUUACUACAAAGAAUCCAAGCGAGUCCAAGAAGGAAUUGAAAAUCACGUUUCUUUUCAGGAACAUAAUUUUUACACAGUGAACAUAACCUUUCUAGAAGUGAAAAUGGAAGAUUAUGACCAUCCUUUCACAUGCCAUGCUGGUGUGUCUGCAGCGUACUUUAUUUUAAAACCCCCAGUGCCAGAUUUUCGAGCUUACUUGAUAGGAGGGCUUCUGGCCUUUGCAGGUACGGCAGUGUUUGUCAUGUACAUCUACUACAUUUUUAAGAUUGACAUUACACUUUGGUAUCGAAGCGUCUUCUACUCUACUAAGACUAUAGAAGAUGGGAAGCUGUAUGAUGCAUACGUCUUGUACCCCAAACCUCGACAAGAAAGCCAGAGCUAUAAUGUGGACACACUGGUAUUCAAGGUUCUCCCUGAGGUGCUAGAAAGGCAGUGUGGAUAUCAGUUAUUUAUAUUUGGUAGGGAUGAGUUUCCUGGACAAGCUGUGGCCAGUGUCAUCGAUGAAAACAUUAAGCAGUGUAGGAGACUGAUCAUCAUAGUUCCUGAGUCACGGGGCUUUGACCUACUAAAGAACAUAUCAGAACAAAUUGCUGUCUACAAUGCUCUUAUCCAGGAUGGGAUGAAGGUCAUUCUAAUCGAAGUGGAGAAAGUAAAAAACUAUACAGUCAUGCCAGAGUCAAUCCAGUACAUCAAACAGAAGCAUGGGUCUCUCCAGUGGAGUGGGGACUUCACAGAGGAGUCACUGUGUGCAAAGACCAAGUUCUGGAAAAAAGUGAGAUAUUGCAUGCCACCCAAAAGGUUUCCACCAUCUUCUCCUGACCAGCUGCCGAGGCAUACACCCUGUGACCUUACAGCUAGCAACUGGAAAGCCAGAAUGGGGUUAUUGACCCCGUGA